AUUUACUUCUUUACAGUUUGAACCAAGGUUUAAACAAGUCGUGCAGGUUUUUCAGUAUUUUACUGAUAAUAAUAUUUAAUUGAUCUCCAUCUGAUUUAUUUCCCAGACAACGCUUCGAAAUUUUCAAACUUGUUUUCCGGUGCCUUAAUUAUUUUCUAAACUCUUUUCAUUCAGUUCGAACCUAGCACCAUAGACAAGGUCUUUGUCUAUGCUAGCACGGAUCAACCUUUGGCAGGGGCGGUUAAAUUGAUAUUUAAAAAAUCGGCAUAAUUUGCUUACGUGAGAAAGAAAACGCCAGCAGGCGGCCAGGAGGGUGGGUCAAUCAGGUCAUAGGGGGCGUUUCGAAAUAUGCUUUGAAGUGUCAAAGCAUCUACGUAGUUGUACCGAGGGAAACUCGCGUUCCAUCACUGAGCCUAUUUAAGAGAAAAUUUGGAAUUGAUUGUAUUCUCAAGAAAAACCAACAAGUAUAUCAACGACUGACCUGAACUGUGCAGCAAAAGACAGGACGAGUGUGUGGAUCGAAAAACCUCCACGUGGUCGGUCAGUGUCUCGCUUGUCUAUCGCGUAAAUUCCUAUUUUUCAUCUCAGAGUAGAUCUUGUUGGAAUGCCACAGUCUACGAUCUCUCCCAUCCGAAUGACUGAUGCCCAUUCAGCUACUUCAGUUGGAUCAGCUAGCAGCCUUUUAGUUUCUUCAGAAAGUGAAUCGGCUAAGGAAAAGUUAGAUAGCACAAGCAGUCUAAAGAAUGGGUAUGUUGGAUCAUUCUCAACCCUGGCGCAGCCUUGUCUGCCUUAUCCACCCUACCCAGAAACUGAGCAAAAGAAUAGGGCAGUUUCGAUGGCUGAAACAUCACCAGUGCUUCGGCAUGUCCAGGAGCAGAAAACGGCAGAAAAGACUGAAUCUACCCUUAUAACUCCCAAAGGUGAGGAGUCAAGCAUCAAAGAUGAUGCUUUGAAGAAAGAUAGAUGCUUGUCGACAGCAUCUUCAGAAAGUAGUGGUGGAGGUUGUGGAGGGCUUAAGAAGAAAACAUAUAGACGUUUUGGAGAAGUAGAUAAAGAAGAAAAGAAGAAAAUGACACCCAGACAAUGGCUCCUCCUGACUGUUCUUUCUUUGGCUACUCUCACAUCAUCUUUUGCUAUUUGCCUUUUCCCCCCAUUCUUUCCCAAAAUUGCUGAAGAAAAAGGUGCUACAGUAUCUAUAUAUGGCUUUAUCAUUGGUACCAACUGCCUGACAUCUUUUCUUAUCACUCCUUUUAUUGGAAAAAACCUCAAAGUUAUCGGCGUGCGAUUCGCUUUUGUUUCUGGUGUUUUCAUCGGAGGUGUCUGCUGCUUGUUGUCAGGAUUUUUAGAGUACUUUCCUGAAGGAAUGUCAUUCAUCGUAAUAUCUAUAUUAAUUCGUGUUAUCCACGCGGCUGGAAAUGCGGGCACGAUUACAUCAACAUUUACCUACACUGCAGUGGAAUUUCCCAAUUCUGUUGCCAAAAUCUUUAGUCUAACGCGAACCAUGAUGAACAUUGCCCAGCUCGCCGGACCGAUUGUCGGCGGUGCCUUGUAUGAAGUCGGCGGUUUUAAGACUCCCUUCAUCCUCAUGGGGGGAAUUCAAACUAUUAUGGCGUUUAUUGCAUUACCUUUCCUUCCGGAUUAUGAUGUGUCACAGUAUGACGAGGGAUCUAGUAAAAAGCAAUCCCCUUUGGCCAUUUUGUGCAUCCCGUCAAUUUGGAUCCCAUUCUUCACUUUCAUCGUAUCGACUAUGUCGAACGGGUUUCUCUCGAUUAACCUAGAACCGCAAGUGUUGCGAACGUUUAACUUGACACCAUUUUACGUGGGAAUCUUCUUCGGUCUGAAAGACGGUGCCAACAGCAUUGCCAGUCCUAUUUGGGGAUACUUGUGUGAUCGCCGUGGAUCCGUGAAACUUUGCCUUCUAUCCAGCACUCUGAUUGGAGCUUUGUCCAUAUUUUUGCUAGGACCCUUCCCUUUCGUUCCUAUUGAUCGAAACCUAGUUGUAGUUGGAAUCGCAUUGGCACUAAGUGGAGUUGCGUUUUCUGGACAACAAGUAUCUGGAGUAGUCGACGCCAUGAGGGAGGCUGUCCACGCUGGGUAUCCGGAUAAUCCAAGCACUCACGGACUCGUUGCCGGUAUCUGGUCGUCACUUAGCGGUGCUGGACGUUUUGUGUCUCGCGCCGGCACUGGCAUCUUAGUGGAUCACAUUGGAUUUCAAAUGACGGCUGUCGUGGUCUUCUCUGUCCAAAUUAUAGUCGGCAUGGCUACCAUCGUAUUCAUGCUGCCCAAGUGCAGGAAAAAUGACGGCAAAAAAGGUGAUGACACGGUGGUGGAUGCUAUUUCCACUCGCACCACAUCAUUCACUUACUCAGUCGUUGAUGUUGGCGAAUUCCCACGAUUAACUGUUUCCCAACCAGAAUCGCCGGCCGAGUCGGUCACGUGCAAAUCGGUGUCGAUCCCGUUGCCUCGGGACUGUGCCAUCAUUCGUCGCAUGCGCGCUGAAACGUAUGCUGGAUUCUCCGGCUGAAAAAGUAGC